AGACCGCGGUGCAUCAUGGAAAUCCCGAAAUUUUUUUUUAUUUUCGCCAUAAUUAUUACAGGCUCCAAAAUGACUUUGGUUGUCGCUGACUCUAAGCCGCCACACUAUAGUUCGCUACGUCUUAUGGCUGAGGAUGCCAUUGGGGAUUGCUAUGAGGAUGCGGCACGUAGCGUCAAAGUGGAAAUAACUGAUGAGGGCUUCGACGAGCUGCUGAAGGGUUCUCGGGAUAACUUAAGUCGCAAUGCUAAGUGCUUACGUUACUGCAUUAUGCGUAAAAAUGGUUUGCUAAAUGAGCUGAACUCUGUUGAUGAAGAGAAAAUCAUUCAAAUAUUUCAAAUAAUACAUCCGCAAAUUGAGAGAGAGAAGUUGUUGUCUGUGAUUAGGAAAUGCUCAGAGGAAACUGAAAAACAAACUGAUAACUGCGAACGUGCUUUCCUAGCGGCCAAGUGUAUACUGCUUGAGUUGAAGGAAGACGGUGUCACGGAUAUUUAAUUAUGGAAAUUGCUGCGGCAACAGAAUUUGUGUACAUCAAAAUAUAAUUAUUUAAUUCUUAAUUUCUUUUACAAACUAUACUUUAUUGAAAACACUUUUUCUCUUCGCCUGCUACAUUAAAAUAUAUUUAAUGAACUUUAAAUAAUCCUCCAAUUGUUGCUCUUCCAUCAUAUCCAGCAGUUGAGACAUGCAAGCGCUGUACUCCAUAAUGGCCUGCAGCAGUUCCAGCGACUCCAUGGUUGUGCCGAACAUUUGUAUCAUCGAAUUCUAUCAGCACGAAACCCCAAUACUGCAUUCUUUACACAUUUUGCUUGCGAGUAUUAAUAAAGAAAUUAUUAAUAAUGGAAUUGUCUGUUUGUUUCUGAAUCAACGCAUCCAUGCGCUCCAGCUGCUUUGAUUGGACUACUUAAUGCAAUUGUUAAGUGAAGAGGAAAUUUCUAGCGGAUUGCAAUUAUGAGAGGUGUGAGUUGCUCAGUCGAAAGCGGUUGACCUUUGGUUGUAUUCGCACAAGCGCUAUUCACCAGCCAGUGCACCUUGCACGCCUGUAAGGUUGCUGGCUAUUAACGUACUCGUACAUACAUACAUACAUACAUAUAAUACGUGUAUGUACCUAGUGA